AUGGAGCGUGUGAACUCGAGCCUGUGCCUGGAGAACCAGCGGAUGAUGCACGAGAACGAGCGGCUGCGGAGGAAGGCGCAGCAGCUGGACCAGGAGAACAAGGCCCUCCUCGCCCAGCUCAAGCGCAAGCAGCAGCAGCAGCACAACUCCUCGGCGUCGUCGUCGGCGUCCCAGCAACAGCAAGGCGCCGCCACCGCGGCCAACAACUUCAAGGCGGCCGGCAAGCAGCAGCCCACCAUGUGA